CUAUUCCCAGCAAUCUGGUAUGAGAAAAGCCACACCUGGUGUAAUUCUCACCCUUCUGCAACUCUUUCAAGUAGAGGGGCCCUCUCAGGUCUGGACUUGGAAACUCAAGAAGGCAAUGAGGUAUCCCUUUCUGAAUUCCAGUGGGACUAUCCUGGAGAAUAUUAGAGAUCUGCUUCUGAAAGCUAUCCAUGCUCAGACUCCAGCUGUUGAUUGUGAACUUGAACUUUUGAAGUCCUGAAAUUUAAGAUAUGUGAUGGCAAAUUGAUCACUCUUGAGCUUACUAUGCAGGGGAUUCAGACACAGGAGAAAAAAGUUCCUGUUGUUAAGGAAUUAUUAUACACAUCUACCAAAGGAAGCCGAGAAUGUAACAGACUAAGUCUGAAAAGGCAACUGUGCCACGAGCUACCAUUGGAAGGAGCUGUCUGCAGCUCUCGGUGCUCUACUGAGCAUGUCCCAGAGGAGCCCUGUGCUAGCAGCACAUUAUGCAAAAAGGCAGCUCGAGCAGCUGGGAGAGAGGCAGAGCAAGCCUUUGCUCCACUUGCAUCACCGCCGCUUGAAAACAAGCCUGGAUUACUCGAGAGGUCCUUGCUGCCAGGCCAGCUGAAUGAAGCCGAGCGGCAUGGCUUGAUUUCUGAUGCUGCAGGAUUGCUGAACAACAUGGGGAACCAAGAUGGGAAGCUAAAGAGGAAUGCAGGUGAUGUGCAUGAAGGAGGCGAAGAUGCUUCUGGGCCCAGGGAUGCGGAAGGCACAAAGAAGGGAGCAGGAAGCAAAAAGGGACUGGGGAGGCAUGGCAAAGGGAGUGAAUCUGGCAAAAAGAAGGGGAAGUCUGAGUCCAGAGCAUCCGUCUUUUCCAAUCUGAGGAUCAGAAAAAAUCUGUCCAAGGCUAAAGAUGGAAACAGCAGCUCGAGAGAGGAUGUUUUAGAAAUCCAGGCCUUGCAAACAGGGGAGCUGGACAGCGCUCAUUCGAUUCUCACCCAAACUCCUGAUAUAAGCAUUUCUGCAGAUGAGGGGGGGCUCUCAGACACAGAUGUGGAGCAUUUUGAAAAUACGAAUGCAGCUCGCCCUGCUGCUGCUGAACCGCAGGAUGGACAAAGGACCAGCUCUGGCUCAGAUACGGAUAUAUACAGUUUCCAUUCAGCCACAGAACAAGAGGAUUUGCUUUCUGAUAUCCAGCAGGCUAUUAGACUGCAACUGCAGCAGCAGCAGCAGGGGGCAAUUAACAUUGGAACUGAGCAGCAUGGCACCAAAACAAUGGACCUACACAUGGCUAAUUCUCAAGCAACCCCCUUCGAUUUUGAAAGGUUUCUUUCACUAAGCAGCGACAAAGACAGCAGUCCAGAUACUGAGCAGCCUGUCUCAGCAAAAUCGGAAAUUACAGACUACGCUCCCAUCUGUGAUACCAAAAGUGAAGCGAAAGAAGUGGCAAAUGAAAGGGGGUAUCCCUGUAGCAGUGUAUUUGAUAUACAAGAAGACAAGCAAUUGUCAGAGGAACAGGAGCAACCUGCUGGUGAACUAAAAGAUUUACCCCCGUUAAAUGCUGCAGUGACAGAAAACGGGGCUCUGCUAGGCAGUUCUGUGUUUAAUUUUCCAUCCCCAGUAGGAGAAUCAGAGACUGAAGUAAUAGCUGCUGAAUUUGAAGGUUCAGGAGAGGGUGGUAUUGUAGAUGCAGGGCACGAUCAGGUUGAUGGAGCCAAAGAAAGGAAAUGGAGUAUGUCCGCCAGCAGAGAGUCACUGGAUGCUGAGCUUUCUGCUGAAAUUAAAAAAAGUACUUUUUCCUCUGAGGAUGUCUCAAACAGUCCUGUGCAGAGUUCCAAAUGUUUUAAGCCCUAUCCACUUAUCAACCCAUGCUACAUCAAAACCACCACUAGGCAGCUGAGUUCUCCAAACCACUCACCUUCUCUAUCCCCAUCCCAGAGCCCACUUUUUAAAAGAAGACGAGAGUCCUCUCGAUUGAAGGAGAGUGCACCAACCAAGAAACAGAGGUCGGCCAGUUUGGCUGGUACAUUUAGUCGAUCAGCAGACUGGACAGAUGAAAUUUUGGAUCAUAGAGGUGAAACAGCUCAAAAGUCAGGCUCUGCAGACUUCUUGGAGUAUAGGCAGAGUAGAGAUGGUUUUCAAGGAGAGAGAGUGCCUUUGACUCACUCAAGAAAGUCCUCAGGGAUGUCUGCUUCUGCUGAUGCUUUCCCCAAUGUUUUCAGAGGGCGAACUCUGCUGGAAAAGCUGUCCAGCCAGCAGGAGAAUGCACCACAAGAAGAAGCAGAGAAGCUUUGUUCUUGGAUUAUUGCGAUGGGUCUUCUGCUCCCUUUCAGCGAUUGCUUCAGAGAGCCAUGUAGUCAAAGUGCACAACAAAGUGCACCAACCUUUGAUCAAGACCAGCUGUAUACCUGGGCUGCAGUCAACCAACCCACUUAUUCAUCAGAUUACAUUGAAGGAAAGUUUCCAAGGAGAAUUCCAUCAGUGUGGCCACCACCAAAGCCUCCAGAUGAAGAACACAGAGUGAAACAUAUAGAAAAAGAAUGUGAAACUGCUGCAGCAAUAAAGACAGACCAUGGAGAAGAUGUUCAGCAGGUACAGGAAGAUGUUGCUAUGAAAUCAGAAGAGCAUGCAAAUAAAAUUCAGUGGCUUGAACAGACCAUACAAGAUCUGAAAACAAAAAUUGCAGAACUCGAGAAUCAGUUUCCAGGAACAGAGGUGCCGGUUUCCAGUAGAGGUCAGUGGAAUGAGAGCAGACAGCCAAAUUGUGAAGCACUCUCUAAUACAGCUCUUCAAGAACAUGAAUUGUGUGCCCUGUCUAAAACUAUAACUGUAAAAUCAGUACAGACUUCACCAACAGAAGAUUGUUUAACACACACAAUGCCUUCAGCCAACACACUGCCACAAGUAUCUCCCCACCUCAAAGGGGAUCCAAGUCAAGGGCCAACUCAGCCAUUGCCAAUACUUGAGCCACAAGCCACCUUUUGCUCUGAAAUAUCUUUAGUUCUGUCACCAAAACGGAUUUCAGUACAGCUGGAUGCUGCUGAAGAAAAACUAACUAUGUUGCAGCCUUCAGGACCUGAUACUAAUUCAUCAUCGUCUUUAUUUCAAGAGGAAUCUGUAUCAACAGCUCCCUACCCACCUCUAAGUACUCAGAAUAUUACUAGCAAUGAAUAUUCCCCUUCUGUGUCCUCUCACCCCAAUUCUGUCUUUCUCCCUGGACUGUCUGGCACAGGAAUGUCUACUUCCCUGCCUGGAGCAGGUGACACAUUUUUAACCUCAUCCUCCUAUAAUUCAGGUGUACUGUCUCCAUCAUCCCUACCUGCCUCAGGAUAUCCCCAGACUUCACCUGGCACAAUGCUGCCUCCUGCCCCACCAUUGCCUGCUGAAGGUAUUCCACCACCACCUCCUCUGCCUGGAAUGGACAUGCCACCUCCUGCCCCUCCUUCGUCUUUUGAAAGCAUCCCUCCUCCACCUCCUUUGCCCAGAGCUGAAAUGCCCACAGGUAUUCCACCUGCACCACCUCUUUCUGGAAUGGCAGUGCCACCCCCUCCACCUUUGCCAGGGGCAGUGAUUCCUCCUGCACCACCCCUGCCUGGCGUGGGUAUUGUGCCAUCUCCCCAGGCUCUUUCUUCAGUGGGAAUGCCACCUGCUCCCCCUCCUUUGCCAGACAUGGGAGUUCCACCACCUUUGCCAGAAGCAACUAUUUCCACACUGCAUCCUUUGCCAGGCAUGGGAGUACCACCCCCUCCUCCGCCUCUUCCAGGAAUGGGAGUUCCACCUCCCCCACCUUUGCCAAGCAUGGGAGUGCCACCCCCUCCGCCACCUCUUCCAGGAAUGGGCGUGCCACCUCCCCCACCUUUGCCAAGCAUGGGGGCACCUCCCCUUCCACCUCCUUUACCAGGAAUGGGAGUUCCACCUCCCCCACCUUUGCCUGGCAUGGGAGUGCCACCCCCUCCACCACCUCUACCAGGAAUGGGAGUGCCACCUCCCCCACCUUUGCCAGGUGCAGGAGCUCCUCCUCCUCCUCCCCCACCUUUGCCUGGUAUGGCUGUGCCACCUCCCCCACCUGUUAGCCUUCCACAUGUUUCUGGGUUUCUUCCCCCUCCCUUGCCAACUGGUUUGUUUGUAAUGGGAAUGAACCAGGAGAAAGGGAGCAGGAAACAUGCAAUAGAACCUUCUCGACCAAUGAAGCCUCUUUACUGGACAAGAAUUCAACUUCAUAAUAAAAGAGAUUCUAAUGCUUCACUUGUGUGGGAAAAAAUUGAAGAGCCUUCCAUAGAUUAUCAUGAAUUCGAAGAACUGUUUUCUAAAACAGCUGUUAAAGAGAGGAAGAAACCCAUUUCAGACACCAUCACAAAGACAAAGAAUAAACAAGUUGUCAAGUUAUUAAGCAACAAAAGAUCGCAAGCAGUUGGGAUAUUAAUGUCCAGUCUUCAUUUAGAUAUGAAAGAUAUACAGCAUGCUGUAGUGAACUUGGACAACUCUGUGGUUGACUUGGAGACCCUUCAAGCCCUUUAUGAGAAUAGAGCACAAUCGGAUGAACUGGAAAAAAUAGAAAAACAUGGCAAGUCGAGUAAAGAAAAGGAGAAUGCCAAGUCUUUGGACAAACCUGAACAGUUUCUUUAUGAGCUGUCCCUAAUUCCCAACUUCUCGGAACGAGUCUUUUGUAUCCUGUUCCAGUCAUCAUUUUCAGAAAGCAUUUCCUCUAUCCACAGCAAACUUGAAUUGUUGCAGAAACUGUGUGAGACAUUGAAAAGCGGUUCAGGAGUUAUGCGGGUUUUAGGUUUGGUCCUUGCCUUUGGAAAUUACAUGAAUGGUGGAAACAGGACACGAGGACAGGCGGAUGGCUUUGGCUUAGACAUACUGCCCAAACUAAAAGAUGUCAAGAGUAGUGACAACAGCAGAAGUCUUCUGUCAUAUAUUGUCUCAUAUUAUUUGCGCAAUUUUGAUGAGGAUGCUGGAAAAGAGCAAUGCAUCUUCCCUCUUCCAGAACCACAAGACCUUUUUCAGGCUUCUCAAUUAAAAUUUGAAGAGUUUCAAAAAGAUCUCCGCAAACUUAAAAAGGACUUGCGAGCAUGUGAGACAGAAGCAGGCAAGGUUUGCCAGUUAUCAUUAGAAGAGCACAUCCAGCCUUUUAAAGACAGCAUGGAGAAAUUCAUUAGUCAAGCUAAGAUUGACCAUGAAAUGGAAGAGAAAUCCUUGACAGAGACACAUAAAAGCUUUUUGGAGACUACAACAUAUUUCUGUAUGAAACCAAAAAUGGGUGAGAAGGAGGUGUCCCUAAAUGCUUUCUUCAGUAUUUGGCAUGAAUUCAGUUCUGAUUUUAAAGAAUUUUGGAAGAAGGAAAAUAAGCUUAUUUUGCAAGAAAGGCUUAAAGAGGCUGAAGAAGUAUGUAGACAGAAAAAGGGAAAAUCAAUUUACAAUAUAAAACAAAAGCACGAUUCUGGAAUUAAAGCAAAGAUAAGUAUGAAAAUAUGAGAGAAGAAAGGCACAAGUCAUUGUCCAGCUACUCGAUGAACACAAUAUGUUUGGGGGUGGGAGGAAACUACAUCACUCAGUCUUUCUUUUCUUGACUUUUUUGCAUUUGUUUUCUGUUCUGAUGACUAGUAUGUACUGAGCAUUCGGUGAUAAACAGAUUUACUGUAUGGAGUGCCCCAAACCAGAAGCGAUGGAGUUGAGAGAUGCCUCCUCUAGGCACCCCUUGCUGUCUUUCCCAUUCAAACAAAACUUUGUCAUGUGUAUGGAAGAAUACUAAUGAUAACUGAAACCCACCUGUGUAAAGGCAGUGUCUCUGUCAGUUCUGAAUAUGCUGAAAACCAUAUAACCUUUCCCCUUCAUUACAAAGGCUACACUUCUAUUCCUACUGGCAACAUUUUCCCAAAGGAAAUAUACUACAGCACACCACUGCAUUUAGAUUAGGGGAAAUAAUGUUACUUCUUGAGAAGUGUUUGUGUCUGUUUCCCGUCAACAUUUGUAGUUUGUAUUUUGAAUUAGUAAAGUGUUCCUUUUACACCAUAACCCAUGUUUUCCAAACUAACUUUGUUCCCCAUAUUUCUGAAACAAGUUUUUCAGCCCAGCUGUCUUUAUCAUUAAUAAGGUGGAGCAUUUUCUCGUCUUCUUCUGCCAGAUAUUUAAGGAUGGAAGCAAAACAAAGAAAAAAUACCUAAGUGCAGCAAAGCAUAAGUCUCCUUGGGAGGAUCCACAGUAUGCUAUAUGUUACAUACUUGAAAGAAGAAGAAGCAUUUUAUCUGUUUACAGAGUAAUAAGAUGAUGCUUUAAGGAGAGUUUUUUCCAAACCAUACAAUUUGAAUGAGUAAAGGCUUCCCUUUUAUUAAUAUUCUAGAUAAUCACGGAUGAGAUAAUGAACCACAGUUCUCUAAUCACAAAGCAAAGGCUACUGAUUAAUUCAGGUCAAUGUUGCAUUUUAUUUAAUACACAUAAUGUACAUUGCAUAACAGUUGGUAUUGUUUUGUGCCUUGCCUCCACGGUCUCGGUCACCAAAACACACAACUAAUAAUUGGUUUGUUCUAGUUUAGAACAUCUCCUCCAUGCAUUGUAACAUCAGCUUUUAAGAAUCUGUUGCAAACAGCCAAAUUGGGGGUGGGGGUGGAUUAAGGUGCAUAUAUCCCAAAGCCCUUUAGCAUGGAAGGUGCUGGAGUGGUUUUUUCACUUCGAGCCUGCUGAACCUUCUCCUUCCUUAUAGCCCAGUACAUGAUACCUGGUUGUCCAGAAAUUAAUAUAUGGUUCCAGGAAUCAUAAGGGCUGCAUAAUUUAUGACCUCAGGAAUUGACUUUUUAGAAUGCCAAGCACUAAAAACAUUUUUUUUCAUUCAUUAGGAAAAUGGUUUCCUGUUAUAUGAUCAACCUGAAAUUCUUGAUUAUUUCAGGAUUGUUCCUGAUAGUUCCUGAUAUGUUUUCCCAGAAUUCAAAUCAUAAAAUCCUGUAGUGUCAGGAAUAAAGUUAUUUCUUGGGAAAGGGAAAAAAGAAGAUUGCUUAAUGUGACAAGAGAUCUAUCAAAAGCAAAUAAAGAAUAUUUUAAUAGCACUGAUUAAAAUCCAUAUUUGUAUUUAUGUAAGCUAUAGUCUUUUGCUGUUUAACUUCUGUGUUUUCUUUAAGUGCAUUUAAAGACAUGGUAGCAUGUUUCUGUUUUGUAGCCUUCCUGUUCUCUUCAUUAUCUACAGUAUGUCUGUUGCCAUACUAAAUUAAAUAAUACCACACUUAACAAAGAUCGCUAUGUGCAAUACUGUAUUUAGUGUUUCUAUUCCAAUUUUUUUAGAAUGUUAAUUUAUAUGAAAAAUAAAACAAAUAAUGAGAUCAAA